UCGAGUCGUUCACUCUGUGUGUUUCUGUUAGUAGAAUGUCUGAAAAUGAGGGAGACGACCUGUCCAGUUCUGAUAUAUUUUCAGGGAUCAGCUUGCCAGAGGCGGAAGAGCUGGAUGAAAAGGAGUAUAACAUCCCUCAAGCAGAAGCACUACCUACUCUGGAGAGCAUCUUAAGUGAGGAUGUUCUCUGUGACCAUGAUGUUGACCUUCUUCUUUCCGAGGAGCUUUCCCAGCUGACAGCAAUGCCUGAGGACAGCAGCAGCACUAACACUGAAGAAGAUGAAGAGCGAGCUGCCAAAGAUUCAGCAACUUCUGAGUGGAUAAAAGAGCCACCAUUGCCAGCCGUCAAGCAGGAGGCAGUCUUGCACCAUAUCACUCUAAAAGGGCUGUCUGCCCAGGUUACCUCAGCCGCAAACAAAGUAGAUGCAGGAACACCGACUGCAAUGGCUGUCUGUGGGAUUAUAGCAAUUGGAACAUCAAAUGGACUGCUCCUAAUCUUUGACUCUAGUCAGGUGUUGAAGCUGUGCUUGGGUAGUACAAGUCUUGGUGCCCAGUAUGGAGCCAUCUCAGCACUCAGCCUUAAUACUGACUGCACUCAGAUAGUCAGCGGGUUUACAAAAGGACAGAUUCUUCAAUGGGAUCUAGAAACAGGAAAGCUCCUCAGGACCAUUACCAGUGUGCUGCCUCUCGGCACUACAGUUCUCAAUGUCAAGUUCACAGACGACUCAUCUGUGGCUGUAUGCAGUGACAGCACAGGUUCAGUGUUUGAGCUUAGUUUCAAAAGAUCUAUGGGAAUCAAAACAUGUGAAGCACGCUGUCUUUUGAGCAGUGACAAGGGGCAGGUGUGCUGUGUUGAGCCUCUUCGCAUCCCAGAGGAUUUCUUAGGACAUCCAGCAACACAGUACUUAUUAGUAGCCAUGGUUUCCUUAAAAAAGCUUUUGGUUAUAAGUCUUAAACCAGUGCUCCAGGUGAUACACGCUUCUCCCUUUCUAAAGACUGACCCGUACUGCGUUCCAGUCCUGGCCUGGCACUUCAUGUUGAUCAAGGAAUGUGUUGAUCCAGUGUUGGCUUUCUGCAGAGGCUCCUCUAUGACACUGUUUCAUGUUAAAUGCACUGGGGAAAGCCUGGAAUGUGUCAAAAUUAUGGAGGCAAAUCAUCCAUAUGACAUAGUAAACGUUAAGUGGAUGAAUUCGCGGACUCUGCUGCUAAUUGACCCUCUUGACAAGCUGCAUGUUUUGGAUCGAGAGAGCCAAGAGGAGCUGGAGCUGUUGGACCUGUCUGGCAUGCAGCUUAUUCACACCAGCAGUUUUCUCAGGCCCUUGAUUCCUGGAGAGCACAUCAGUCCAACACUGGCUGAAAUAGGAGAGAAGGCCACGUAUCAAUCUGUGUGCACUCAUGGUGGGGAAACUGUUUUACUGGGUGCUAAGUCGGUGCAUGUCGUGUCUUUAAGAACUUGGGAAGAGCGGAUCAACUUCCUUGUAAAACAAGAUCGUUUUGCAGAAGCACUGGGUUUGGCCUGGGUGUUUUUCAAUGGAACUGCCAAAGCUGUUUUUGGUCUUUCUGGUAAAAAACAGAACAAGCAAGCUAUGGUGGCAAAUAAGGUGGCUGAACUGCUGUUAAAUUAUGUAGAGAUAUCUCUGAGGAGGUGUCCUGAACAAGGCAAGUUGGAGAUAAUGGAAGAGCACUUUCAGAAAACGAUACCACUUUGUGUCACCUGCUGCUUCAAAUUCAAUAAAAUGGAUCUGCUGUUUGGGGAGGUUUAUGAUAAGCUGAACCACAAUGCUGUAGCACUGGGGGUGCUGUUUGAGUGCCUUGAGCCCUACAUACUUACUGACAGGCUAAAGGACAUCACACCUUCAGUAGUGAAAGAACUGGUUGUGUAUUAUGAGAAUGGAGACAUGCUAGAUGCCCUUGAGUCACUUAUAACUCACCUGGACAUAACAACCCUGGAUCUACACCAAAUCGUUCUGUUAACAAGGAAAUAUAAACUUUUUGAUGCUUUGAUCUAUGUUUACAAUAAAGGAAUGAAUGAUUUCGUCACGCCCAUAGAGGAAAUGAUACAAGCUAUGGAGAAUGCUUUGAAAAGUGAAAACACAGAUGAACUUGGAGCUGUUGGCAACAAGAUUCUUGUCUACAUCAGUUGCAGUUUAACUGGCAGAGCAUAUCCUUUCGGAGUCAUUUCUGAAGAUCUUGUUCCUGUUGUCAAGACUGAGGUUUUCAGUUGCCUCACAAGAUUCCAUUCAAAGAAUGCUGAUCCAGAUGAAGGGCCGCACCCUUACAUCCGCACACUUCUCAAGUACAACACCCGGGAGUUCCUCAAUGUUUUAGCCCUGACAUUUGAGGACAUGCAGCAGUAUUCACAAGCUGUUGAAUUUCUGCAAAUAAUUACAGAUGCCUUGCUUAAGGUCAUGCUGGAGAGUGUUGAUUUUACACCAUCGCAGAUCGGCUCUCUCUUUACUUUCUUAGCUCGUCAGAUUGCCAAAACUGAAAACGCCCUUUUUGUGAACAUGCAGCUUUUUGACCAGGUUCUUGAUUUUUUGUGUAAUCCAGAGGAUGGGACCAGGCAUACAGAAAGACAGCAGGCCCUGCUGGAACUUUUGCAGGCAGGGGGUGCUAUUUACUUUGAUGAAGACAAGCUGCUUUCAAUGGCUGAGAAAAUGCAAUUCUACCAAAUCUGUGAGUUUGUGUAUGAGGAAAGACGUCUUUACACGAGCAUUGUUGGAUGCUACCUGAAAGAUGCAGCAAGAAGAGAUCAGGUAUUUGGGUACAUAAAUGACAUCAUCACUAGAGCUGAUCUAACAAAUGAAGAAAAAAUAGCAUUUCAGAAUGAGGUAUUUUGUAACAUACAGGAACUCUUGACACUGAGCCCCAAUCGGACUGCAAUGCUGAUACUGCAGAAAUUUCAAGACAGCGUUCCUUUAAUCUUGGAAACACUACAGCAGGAUUCCAAACUUCUCUUUGACUUUCUGCAUGGCAUUUUCAAUCCAAGAGUGGAGCAAUGGCCUUUUAAAAACGCCAGCCUGUUGAAUCAUGAGUUCCAUGAAAUGUAUAUUGAGCUACUGUGCCAGAAUCAUUCUGACCAAGUGCUGGGCUUCCUCAAGUUGUCGGACUUAUACAGGCCAGAGGAGGCAGUCAAGAUUGUGCAGAAACACCAGGUGUAUGAUGCUUUGGCAUUUCUCCUAGAGAUGCAAGGGAAUAUACAGGGAGCAUUUUCUGUCCUCUUAGAGCACAUGAAGUCACAACUACACAACCUAACAGAAUGUGGAGAAUCAGCCGUGGGACAGGAAGUUCCAGCAAUUCACUCCUGCGAUACUGGAUUGCUACAAACUGUACCUUCAUUGCUGAAGCAGAUCAUUGGUUUGUGUCAGCGAGCCUCUGGCACACUGGACACACAGCAGAAAGAGGAACUUUGGUUUCCUCUUUUGGAUUUAAUGAUGUCACCAGCAGAGUACUUAGAGUCUUCACUACCAGAUCAAGUAAUAAACAGUAUGAAGGCUCUAAUGAAAGAUGUGCUAGAAGGCAUGGCAGCUUACAUCCCCCUUACAGAUAUACUGCAAAGGCUUAUUCAAGAUCCCAUUUACAGUGUGGGCAACUAUGGAGAGAUAAAGAGCAUCAUCCUAGGAAUGCUUGACACAUUUGUUUAUGAGAAGACGUUAUUAGAGGCAACACAAAGCCUGCUGAACCAGGAUCUGCACUGGUCCCUGUGCAGUCUGAGAGCAACAGUCACCAGAGGGCUUACUCCGGCCCACAAGAUCUGUGGAGUCUGCACACAGCAGUACAGUAAGCACCGAGUAGGGACGGAGAUCAUUGUUUUUAGCUGUGGCCAUGUUUAUCACACAGCUUGUCUACAGAACAGUCUCAGUCAACAAGAGGAAGAGCAAGGGGAGUGGGCCUGCUUGAAAUGUUUGUCAGCUAACAAGAAGUGGACAUCAGUUACACCCGGGAAAGUUGGUCAUGAAACACAGGUGAUGGAACUGGACCACAGACAGAUUACAUCAUCAAAUAAUCUGAGAAGAGCAUUUAAAAAUCCUUCAAGGCUUUCUAUUUUAACAGAACUUGUGAGGCAAAACUCAGAUGGCUUCACAUUGGGAGGUGGGACUGAUCUCUUCCAGCAAGCAGAUUUUCAGCUGAAACUCGCUCCACCUCCUUUAGUAGACUAAACACGAGGGUACUUUUGUGGUUGUGCUCUUGGGUUCAUUUCUUCAAACAUAAUUGUUUUUUUCUCUGUGAAACCAAAUUGUGGUCGGUUGCAAUUAGUAGCUUACUUGGUGGAAUUCCACGAAGCUAGGAUAUACUUAAGCAAUACUUCACUCCUUUUUAUUCAUUUAUUUGUUAUACAUUAUCUCACAAAUAUUUGAAUUUGAAUGUGAUUAUAUAGUACUGUGAAACUAUCUUUGUUUGCUGUUGCCUCAGCAUUUCAGCUGCUGCCUUGUCCUUGAUUUCAACAGUUUUACCCAGGUGCUUGGUGUUGUGGGUGAUGUGAAACAUUCAUAACAACACAGUAUACAUGACUUCUUAUUUGUGCACAAGCUGAUAAAUAACAAGGGUGAUAAAUAACAAGGCCUCAUAUUUUCAAGAUGAUUUAAAUAAAAAAUAUGUGCUGAUCACGACCAAAGAAAAUAUAACAGAUCUGUAAAUUCUUUAGUUCAAAAGUACAAUAUAAGUUAAUUAUAACUCCCGUUUCAAACGACAUUGACGUGUCAUUCAGAAUUAAACAUUUCUACACAUGGUGGGGUCGUUUAAUUGAACUGUAAAAGAUGGCAAAUACUCUGCUAUUGUUUAAAUCAAUAAAACAAGACCCCCCCCCCCCCCGAUACUUAAGACUCUGAUUAGAUGUUUGAUUUUAUUAACCUUUGCCUUGUUUGAUUCAAACAGUGGUGGUAUUUAGACAGUUUAGCUCAAUUGAAUAGGCCCCUGCAUCUGCUAUAUUCCCAACAUUUAACACUAAAUAACAUACAGAGUCAGUUUCGUGGUGUUGCUGUAAAUCAGUUUUAAUUGUUGCUGUAAAUCAGUUUUAAUUGUGUUGGCAUACUCAUAUUAGCUUAUAUUUUAAAGUGCCUGUGUGUCAACACUGUGUAAAGUAUUAAAAAAAAAAAAAACUUUGGAGAAUAUCAUCAAUCCAGGGUAAUAAAUGUUAUUCAGAAUUAUUCAGUAUUAAUCUAUGCUCAGGAAGCUGCCACGACCAAAUCUGUGUGGCUGUUUAUGUUUAAUAAGAGAAUCUUAAUUAAAUGCUAAAUAUUGGGAGAUUUUUUUUAUUUUUUAAUUUAGUAAUCGCCAAUUAUUUUAUUAUUUUCUCCAUUGGCAUAUCCAAUUGUUAUUAGGCUCAGCUCACCACUACCACCUUUGCGUGGCUCAGCUCACCACUACCACCUUUGCGUUGACUCAGGAGCAACGAAGAUGAAGAUGAGCACACGCUGUCCUCCGAAGCGUGUGCCAUCCGCCAACCGCAUUUUUUCACUCUGCAGACUCACUUUGCAGCCA